ACAACACCAGCAGCAGCAUCAUCAUCAUCAGCAACAGGUGGAGGAACAGCAACAGCAGAAUCAUCAUCACCAGCAUCAGCAGCAUCAGCAGCAGCGUCAUCCGCGAUGGCCGAGAAGCGGCGUCUGGGUCCUGCGCUCAGCUCCCGCGCUCACGCCUUCUCAGUGGAGGCGCUCAUCGGGGUGAGCUCUCGCAAGCGCAGGAGGGACGGCAGCGGCAGCAACGAGAACGGAGAGGAGGACGACGACGACGAGGAAGAGGAAGAGGGCGAGGAGGAAGAUGAGGAAGGGGGGGACGAGGCGGAGGGGGACGAGGAGGAUGAGCGAGGGAAGAGCGCGGCGCUCGAGAAGGCGCGCGGCGCCGCGGAGCGGGCGAGCGGGGGCGAGGAGCGGCAGAGAGCGGCCACGAGCCUCGACCUCCAGUCCGCGUCGGGGUCCGACCCCGUGAGCCCUCCCGUGGCCCCGGCUGACCGGGACGACCCCGCGGACCCUGCCCGGGCUCCCGCGACCCCCGCCGCUCCCACUGUCAGCGUCCCCGGCCUGGGACAUUCACAAGGGGCGCCCCCUCCUUCCGAUCUGGCGGGGGUCCGCGUGGAGCUGCAGGGGUCCGAGCUGUGGCAGAGAUUUCACUCCAUCGGCACCGAGAUGAUCAUCACCAAGGCCGGACGGCGCAUGUUCCCCGCGAUUCGCGUGAAGGUGUCGGGGCUGCUGCCUCACCAUCACUACCACCUCGCCAUGGACAUCGUUCCCCUAGACAACAAGAGAUACAGGUACGUGUACCACAGCUCCAAGUGGAUCGUGGCUGGCAACGCCGACGCGGCGCCCCCUCAUCGCCUCUACCUUCACCCGGACUCCCCGGCCUCGGGGGACACGUGGGCGCGCGGAGUGGUCAGCUUCGACCGAGCGAAACUGACCAACAACGAGCUGGACGAGAGUGGACACAUCAUCCUCCACUCCAUGCACCGCUACCUCCCGCGCGUCCACGUGGUGCGCAAGGAGGCGGGCGGAGCGCACGCGGUGCCGUGCCCCACGGCGGACAACAGCCGCGCCUUCUCCUUCCCCGAGACGGUGUUCACCACCGUGACGGCCUACCAGAACCAGCAGAUCACGCGACUCAAGAUCGACCGGAAUCCCUUCGCCAAAGGAUUCCGUGAGUCCGGACGGAAUCGCACGGGUCUCGAGGCGCUGAUGGACAGCUACACGCUGUGGCGACCUCCCGGGCGCGCGCUCUCCCUGGAGGAAGCGGCGGCGGGUGGGCGCCUCCACGCCACUCAAGCCAGCCUCCUGGACGCCUCCCUCAUGGCGUCCGGCUUUGGAGCAGCACCACCACCGGGCCACCACCACCACCACCACAUGUUCUUGCCCACGAUGGGACCUGUCCACAUGGCUGGCUCACCACACCCGCACGCCCACCACCACCACCAUCACCACGCCGCCGCCGCCGCGGCCGCCGCCGCCCAACAUCACCACCACCAGCAACAACAGCAGCAACAGCAGCAGCAUCAGCAGCAGCAGCAACAGCAGCAGCAGCACCAAGCUCUGCUCGCCGCCCACCACCAUCACCACCACCACGCGCACCAGCACGGUCCAUCUCACGGCGAACAGCAACCUCGUUUUUCCAGCCUGGCUUCUUGCUGCGCAGGAGGGGCAGGAGUAGGAGGAGGUGGUUCUGUCGGAGGGCAGACAGCAGCAGCAGCAGCAGGAGGGUGCACGGACAGUUUUGCGAGCGCGCUAGCCCUGCACGGGUCUCGUGCCGGACUGCAGCACCUGGGGCUGCCCCGCUUGGGUCUCGCCUGCAGCAUCAGCCGCAAGGACGUGGCACCGGCGGACGACGGCGCCUCCAUGGCAUCGUUCCAGCCGGCGCUGCCCUGUCUCAUGGCCCAGCACGCAGCGCACGGUGCCGCCCUCAAAGACUUCUGCUCCUUCUUCCCGUGAACUCGUCCGUGGUGCCAAAGAGCGCGAGCAGAAUUAGCACACCGCCUCCUUCUCUGCACCACCCCCCACCACCAACCGGCUACCAUCGCCCUAUGUCUCCUCCAGCCCCACACCCACCCCGCGCGUGAGGCCCACGCAUGGCCUUCUGUGGGGGUGCGGGGUGCAACUCAUCACAGCGUCGAUACGCGCAGAACUCUGAAUCCCGGCGUCGACACUCAGUUGUCUCAUCAGCAGGAUGAUUAUUUCGUGUCGCGUGAAGCGGUUUUGGUUUAUUUUAUUUCUGUUGAAAACAAUUUUGGGGUCGGAGAGUGGCUGCGAGCGAAAUGAAAUUGUAAUGAGUGUAAAAAUAAUUGCGAUUGAGUCACGUUUUGUGGACGCUGUUAGCUUUCAUUUUUUCCUCCCACUGCCACAACCAAGUCCGGCACGGCUCGGGAGGGGCUAGGUUGUUUUUUUUUCCACUGCAAGAAGCCAAGCCACGCUGCUAAUGACGUCACGCGCAAUGAGCGAGUAGAAGAUGCACGUGGACGACGUAAGAGUGACGCCAUGCCCUCACGACGUAUUAACAAUGAAAAGUAUUAACCCCGCCCCCUGGCCCUGCUCGGCCCCGAGCUGGAUUCAGAUGUCUUCUUGUGAGGCCAGCGUAGCACGGGUUUGGUUCCGGUUUGCAAUCACCAACCGCCACCACCAACCAUGAGUCCCGCCCCCCGUGCUGGCUUGGCUCAGAUUUGCCAGUGGAAAAACCACCACCUGUACCGUGCUGGCCACGUACUGGCUCGGCUCAGAUGUGCCAGUGGAAAAGGAGUAUCUGUCAUACUUGCCAACGCCACCAAUGUACGCAGUAGGCUGCCGAUGAAAAAAAAAUAUAUACAUAUUUUUUAAACCGUAUACUGAUUUUCAACGCUAAUCAGACCAUUCAUACAUUGAAAAACGAACGUCUACUCAAUUUUUGCUUUGAAAAUCGAUAUGCGGUAUAAGGGAUGAGUUUCAGGAUUUUAACAUUUCGGAUUUAAAUAAAAUAAUAUUGUAGGAUCAAAACAUUUUUUGUUAUUUUUUUAGAACAUUUCCCCAAUGUGCGAAAAGUAAAAAAAUAUACGCGUCUGCGCUCACGAUAGUGACUUCACGCCAUCCAUUGUGACAGCACCUUCAGGCAAGAAAGCACGUGAGUGUUUGCCAAGUUAGUGACGUCACUUCCGUUUUUUGACAAAUCAGAAACAAGCAAAAAAAUAAAACAGUUAUAAUGGCUCUAAA